GAAAUGGGUUCUGUGCAGAAAAAGCUUCCUGCUUUCUACAUUUGCCUAAUUGCAUAGAUCUGUGGUCUUCAAACCCCGCAUUAUUUGGCCUAUAAACCCACCUGGGUUUGCCAAAUUUGCCUGAAAAAUCACUACCCAGUAACAAAAGCUUGGAUUUUUGGCCAGCAAUUUGUUGUUCAAGUGAGCUAUAAAGCUUUUGCUUCUCCAGCAGGAAAGGAACCAAACAAAAGCAGAAGCAGAGAUGUAUGAGUUGUUGAUCCCAGUUGUGAUUGCUGAGGCUGUUGUGGCAUCUCUUAUGUUGCUCAAAAUUGGGCCAUUGAGAGAGCUGGUGUUGAAGAUUCUGGAUCAGCUCAAAGUGGGCAGAGGACCAGUCACUCUGAUUGGCAUUGCUGGCACCAUGGGUGUGAUUCUCCUAUCAAGAUUCAUUAGCAUUGUCAAGAUGCAGAACAAGGGGGAAAAGCUUGGUACUAUGUCACCGAUGGAUCAGGUUCUGUACAGAACCCACAUCCUUGAAGCUUCACUAAUGUCUUUUGCUGUAUUUCUUGGAUUCAUAAUUGACCGAACACACGAUUAUCUAACGAAGCUUGAUGGAUUGACGAGUACAAAAGAAGAAGUUGAAAGGCUUCAGAAAGAAAAGGUGCAGCUUACAGAAAAGGAAGAAAAGUCUUCCAAGGAAAUCAAGCAGCUGCAAGAAAAAAUUGCAACUCUAUCAGAGGAUUUGAAGAAGCUGAAGUUGGAGUGUGCGGAGAAAGAUAAAGCUGUUGAAACUGCUGAAUCCCAUGUCACUUCCCUCCAGAAACAAGCUGCAGAUCUACUUCUCGAGUAUGACCAUUUGUUAGAAGACAACCAAAAACUUCAGACUCAGUUUGCAGGACAUAGGAGAUGAGGAAAAACUGAAACUGAGUGGACAGUUCUAGUUUUGAGAACCAUUUUGCCUUCUGGUCUCUUACCAGAAAUGAUCAUUAUUCGGCUGGAAAUGGGGGAUGUGUUGUUAAAAAUUUUGUGGAUGCUCAAGAAAGUAGAAUUGCAAUUUGACCAUCUUUGCUUUGUUCUAUGGUUUUCAGUGUUAGUUGAAUACAUCUUUCUAAUG